AUGAAACUCUUGAAUACUGUUCCAAAUUUAAAUUACAUUAUGCAUCGUUUUAUUAAUUUACCUAAUAAUUUUUUGAUAGUAAGAAAAAUGGCGUCUGAAGUGGAAAAAGCACAAUCUGCGGCUCCUAGUGAAGAUACAAUUUUCGGUAAAAUUUUACGCAAAGAAAUUCCUUGUAAAUUCAUAUAUGAAGACAAUCAGUGUGUGGCUUUUCAUGAUAUCAAUGCACAAGCACCAUCUCAUUUUCUUGUGAUUCCUCGUAAACCGAUAACUCAAUUGUCAAAAGUUACUGACGAGGAUGAACCUUUGUUAGGGCACCUCAUGAAUGUUGCUCGCAAAGUUGCGAAACAAGAAGGGCUUGACGCAGGGUUUCGUUUAGUUGUGAAUGAUGGUCAAAAUGGAGCUCAAUCAGUCUACCAUUUGCAUUUACAUGUUCUCGGAGGAAGACAAAUGCAAUGGCCACCUGGAUAAUUAUUAUGUAUAUUAAUAUAAAAAAAGUUAUUUUUUUUUUAUUACAAGAAUAUAAUACAAAGAUAACAAAACAUA